AUAAACAGCGCUCGCCAUUUUGACCUGUGCGCGCUCCCUGAGACUGUGUCCGGAGGACACAGCAGAAUACUGAUCACUGUACGGGUCCUCUGUGUGAGGUCUCGAUCAUGUGAUCACAUAUUGGCCAAUCAGUGAUCACAUAAACAGUAGUGCUUACUACUUGUGAAAUCUGUGAAUAAUCACAGAGAUCACAUGGUACAAGGCUAUUCACAACAGCCUUGUAUCAUGUCACAAGCUGUGACCAAUCACAGCUCACACAGUAUUUCUCAAUGGCUGCAAUAAUGCCAGCGAGAAAUAGAAAUGAUUGCUU